AUUUGGAAGGAUUGUCUGUCGAUUGGAGCUCGUUUCUUUUUCCUUCUUUUUUUUGAGCUUAUGCGAACCCCUCCCUCCACAGUUGACAGUCCACAAAAAUCAUCCAAUCCACCGGCUGACAAGAGCAAUCAUAAAUCAUCAUCAGCCGGCCCCCCGGCUUUCCAGUUCCCUUGCAUAAGCUAGCAACCUUCCGGUUCUCCUCUUUCCAACUCCCACCGUUCCCUCAACGGAACCUCAGUUGAUUGUAGUGUUUCGUUCCUUCGCAUCGUUGUGAAGCCAGUUCCCCCCAAGUCAUGACGGGCCCAUCCCAGAGCGGAUCUUGUCGAUCAUAUCAGCAGCAUGAGGGGGAGGUAACAGACUCGACAUCUGUGCCUUGGUGUAUCGGGUUCCGCUCCUCGAAGGCGUUCGUCACUUGGGUGGUGGCGAUUGCUGUCUUUACGGAUGUCUUCAUAUAUGGAAUGAUAAUUCCGAUUCUCCCAGAAGUGCUUCAGACCCGGGUUUCUAUACCAGAGGAGGAAUUACAAAAAUGGAUGUCUAUCCUCCUCGCUGCCUUCGGGGGUGCUAUCUUCAUUGGCUCCCCGAUAUUCGGCUACUUCGCCGAUAAGAGUUCCUCGCGUCAAGCGCCCUUCCUGAUCGGUUUAUUUGCGCUGGCCGCGUCGACAGUGAUGUUCUGGUUUGCGCGCACAGUAUAUGCUUUGGUAAUUGCGCGAACAUUCCAGGGGCUCUCUUGUGCGGUUGUUUGGACGGUCGGCAUGGCGCUUAUUGUUGAUACAAUGGGAAAGGACCAGGUUGGGACGGCUAUGGGGAUUGUUUCGAUGGCUAUGACUGUCGGGACGGUUGCUGGCCCUUUUGUUGGGGGUAUUGUCUUGUCGAAGGCGGGAUACCAUGCUGUGUUUGCGAUGGCAAUGGCGCUGAUUGUUGUGGAUAUCGUGCUGAGGUUGGUUAUGAUUGAGCGGAAGAGUGCGGCGAAGUGGAUUGAUGUGCAGUCUGGGGCUGCAGAGGCAGAGACAGAGACAGAGCGACUUAUAGCUCCUGCUACGGAAAACAGCUCUUCGUACGAAGGAGUCGAGACUGAGCAUAUUUCACAACAGCAGUCAAACGGAAAGGCUGCAGAAGAUGGACAGUCCAACCCCAGCAGGCGUUCAAUGCCAGGUAUCAUGCGCUUGAUGGGCUCGCUUACAAUCCUGGUUGUCCUCCAGGCUACUCUGGUUGAAGCCAUGACAUACUCCUCUUUUGACUCGGUCCUCCCCCUCUACGUAAGAUCCACUUUCGACAUGGACCCCAUGGGAAUAGGCCUGUGCUUCAUCCCGCUCUUCAUCCCCUCCUUCCUCUCAACCAUAAUCGGCUCUGCAGUCGACCGUUACGGGAGUCGCCGGAUCGCCUGGAUGGGAUUCAUCCUAGACGUCCCAGCCCUCUUACUCUUGCAAGUAGUUACUGAAAACACGACGCGGGAUCAGAUCAUUCUUUACGUGCUCCUCUUCGUUUCAGGCUUUGCUGCGGCUCUGAAAACCGUUUCCUUGAUGGUUGAGAUCAGCCAUGCUGUUGAGGAGAAGGAGAAGAGGUGUCCAGGGAUCUUUGGGGAUAAGGGAGGCACAGCACAGGCGUAUGGCCUGUUUAAUGUGGCUUGGUCGGGGGGGCAGGUGCUGGGGCCGCUGGUGUCCGGGGGGUUGGUGGAUUGGGUUGGGUGGAAGUAUAUGGUGAGUACGUUGGCGGUGGUUAGUGGAGUGACAGCAGUGGUUUUGGUUGCCACGGCGAAGGGAGUGAGGAGGUAGGUUGGCAGGCUGGGAUUUAGGGGGUGGCUUGUCAUGAGGAUGUAGAAGAAAACUGUGAUGAAAUGCUAAAUAAGAGUUUAAAAUCAAGCGGAGAUAGAAGCAAGGACAGCUGAGUUUCCAGGGAGACAAAGCCAGA